AUGGAAAACAAUAAUGAUAUUCCAUCUAUCCUAAAAUCUAAUUUGCACUCCAAUCGAAGAUCUCUCAAAAUUUCAGUAGUACAUCCAACUGAUGAAUCCCUUACUAAUGUAUAAGAUGAGGAAAGAUUUUUGUACGAGAAACGCUAAUGGGAAAUCAGCUCUCAAUAAGUUUCCUUGGAGAACAUCUAAAAAGAAUAAAUGGAAAAGUAUAAAGGGGAAUGGAACUGGGGUGUCUUUGUUGAGUUUUUCUUAUACCAUUAGAUUUUCUUCACGAUAUUGGGACCAUUUAUGGUUAUAUUGUUUAGCUUAUGGCCAGGCUUGACGCUGAUGAAGAACAUGAAAUUUUACGGAAAUUCCAUGCCUUUUUAUUUGCAAACACUAUUAUGGUUCGGAUCAGUAGUAGGAGGCCUAGGCUAUUUUUUUUGGGAUGAAAGUUUAAUAACACUAACAGAAAUAUUAUUCCUUUGGUAUGCUUUAACAAUUCGAAGUGUAGUAAUAGCAGCUAAAUAUGCCACUUUUAGCAGGAGCGUAAUAAACCUAUACAAGAGUACCUUACUGCCUGAUGAAGUGUUUUAAUUUGAUUUGAUGAUGGGAGAAUGGAGAGAGUAAUCUCCCAAGAUCCUAUUUUUGGAGCCUUAUCGUUCACUUCAACGUUACUAAUUCGAGAUAUCUCUAUUCAAGAUGGAUUUCAUAGUGUAGCCUCAUUAAGAAACAAAAGUAGCCAUUGCCAAAGUGGACAUCAAUUUUUUCAGAGACACAGGAAUAUCUUUGGAUGAUGAUGAAUACUCUGGCUUUAAAUUAUUCGGCUACUUAGUAAAUCAUUAUCAAUCCAAAAACUCAGCCAAUGCCCACAUGUACAUCUGUGUACUAGAAGCAUUUAUCCUUUCUACAACUCCAAUGUGGUUGAGAAUAGUAGAUUUGAUAGAUUCAGUCGAAGCCUUAGAUAUGUUCCGAAUGGUGUUGAACAUAGUCUCUUCAUUUAUAGGAUUCUGGGGCAGCAAUAUCUUCUUUCAUUAGGCAUUCUAUGAUUUCAAACGGAAGUUCUUUUUGCUCGAAUAGUUAUUACUGAUAAUCAAGGUCAGACCAGAUCAGAUCGAAUAACUUAAAUUACUACCAACUCUUAACUUCAAUAAUAUUACUACAUGGCAAGCCUGGUCAAUGAUGAGAGCAAUUUCAUUUGAUUAUGGUCAAACAUACAAUCUCAGAACACAAGGCUUCUAUUCUCUGUGCUUUUUAGGAUUUAUAGUGUUGAUCUUCCUAUCAUUAUUGCUCAUCCUAGACUUUGUCCAUCUUGAUCUAUUUCAACUCAUCUUACUAGGAGAGUUGGCUAUCAUGAUUCUAGGCUUUACUGCCUAUUAUCUCGCCUUAGGAGCUAAAUUGAAUACCUAUUUAGAUCAAUGUGAGGUGGCUCUGUAGGAUGUUAAAUCCAUCUAUUAAGAUCUUUUGAGGAUGAAGGAUGUCUACUUUGAGGAGAACAAAGAGCCUUAAAAUUACAUCCACAAGAAAUUCAAAUAACUGUUACAAAACGAAAGCCAAGUUGAGGAAGUCAUUAAAUCUAUAAUUCAAGAAUUGGAUGACAAUAUUAGGAUCAUUCAAUAUGAUUCUAGAAACAACCCAUUUAAACUUUAUGGGAUCAAAAUUACUUUUAACUUACUCAAAAGUGCUGCAGUCGGACUCAGCACUAUCUAUAGUUAUUCACUUUAGUAAAGAUUUAUGAACAUUAAAUGA